AUGGUGUCCCUCGGCAUCCUUUCGUCCAGCGACAAGGCGUCCGCGAACCGAUCGAAGCCGGCCCGGGCCGCCGGGCCUGAGGACCUGCUCCCCGAGUACAUCCACGAUGCCGCGCAGCUGCCGUGCGUGCCGCCCGAGCGACCCGACCUGCACCAGCUCAACAGCUGCCUCGAGGCGCUGGCCGCCAUCUUCCCCGACGUCCAGGUCGAGGUUUUCCGCGAGCUGCUGUCCAACUUUGACGGCGAGUCGCGGCUGGCCCUCGUCGCCGACGCGCUGCUUAAGAACCGCGUCACCUGGGUCAAGGGUCGGUGGCGCGUGGCCGACAAGGACGACGCCCCUGGCCCGGCCGUGCCCCGCACCGAUGCCUUCCGCAGCCCCGAGUACAAGCGAGCGGUGCGCGCGCUCGCCUGGCACGAAUUCCGCGGCCUCUCCCGCUCCACCAUCGACGGCGUCCUCGCCGAGUCCAACUACGCGUACCUCGAGUCCCGCCGCACGCUCGCCACGCUGUCGUCCAAGUCGUGGCGCUUCACCAUCUCCUCCAUCUUCUUCCGGCGGAAGCCCGUCGUCGCCGCGGGCGAGGCCGAGAACCACCCGCUCGUCGCGUGGCGGUCGACCGGCCAGGGCGCCGUCGUGCCGACCAUCCGCGCCACCGGCAGCGCCGAGCUGGACCGGGAGCUCUACGAGGCGCUGGUGGCGCCGCUCAAGGCCCGCGACAGGGCGGCCCGCGAGGUGGCCGACGGCGCGCUGGCGCGCACGCUGAACGAGCAGGAGGCGGAGGCGGCGGGCGCCACGUACGAGUGCGGGUGCUGCUUCGCCACGGGCCCGUUCGAGGACAUGACCGCCUGCACCGCGUCAGGGCACAUGACCUGCCUCCACUGCGUGCACCACGCCAUCAGGGAGGCGCUCUUCGGACAGGGCUGGCAGAGCAGCGUCAACGCCGAGACGGGCACGCUCAGGUGCCUCUCCACCGAGGGCGACCGGUGCCCCGGGCAGGUCCCGCACGAGCAGCUCCACCAGGCGAUGAUGCAGCACAAGGGCGGCGCCGACAUGCUCCUCAAGCUGGACCGCCGCCUGGCAGACCACUCCCUCAUCGAAUCCCAACUACCACUGAUCCGGUGUCCCUUUUGCAACUACGCCGAGAUUGACGAACUGUACGUGCCGGCGGAGGAGGCCAGGCUGCGCAUCCGGUUCGACAGCGGCUAUCAGAUGCUGUUCCUCGGCGCCACGGCCAUCGCGCUCCUCCUCCUGCUGCCCGGCAUCCUCCUGGCGACGCUGCUCUGCGCCCUCGCGGCGGCCUACGCGCCGCUGGCGCCGCACCUGCGGGACCACUGGACACGCGCGGUCGGGCGGCACAGCCGGCGGCGGCGCGGGCUCAAGUUCUCGUGCCGGGCGCCCGACUGCGGGCGGGUGUCGUGCCUGUCGUGCCACAAGGCGUGGCGGGACGUGCACGUGUGCCACGAGUCGUCGCUGGUGGCGCUGCGGACGCAGGUCGAGCAGGCGAUGAGCAUGGCGGUCAAGCGGGUGUGCCCGCGGUGCAGCACGUCGUUCGUCAAGAACGCGGGCUGCAACAAGCUGACGUGCCCGUGCGGCUACCGGAUGUGCUACGUGUGCCGCGCGGACCUCGGCGAGGAAGGGUACCGGCACUUCUGCGACCACUUCCGGCCGGACGGCGACCCGCGGCCGUGCAAGGAGUGCGACCGCUGCAACCUCUGGGAGUCGGAGGACACGGAGCGCGUGCUGCGCGAGGCCCGCGAGGAGGCGGAGCGCAGGUGGCGGGACACGGAGAAGCGCGAGCUGUCGGGGAGCGAGAAGGCGUUCCUGGCGACGGGGUACAUCAACAAGAGCCACGACAUGGGCCUGCGCAGGCUGCUGCGGCGCGGGCAGCUCCCGACGGUGGGCGAGGUGUGCGACCUGGUGAUUGACACUGUUUUCAUCUAG